AUGUUAUAUAUAUCAAUUAAAAAAAAUAACACAUUUUCAAGAUUCCAUAGACCCCUCUUUAUUGAAAUACACACAAUAUCUGUAUUUGUUCCUGUAAUAAAUGGAAAGUAUCGAAUAGAAACUAAUGAGAAUAAUACAAACACAGACUCUUUCUCAUUAACAACUACACCAACAGUAUCAUCUACACCACCAACUAAUGUCUACUACUAA